GUCUCCACCAUGUCAAGCUCGGCACCUGACGCAACAACACCUGGACUGAUAGCACAAAGCGUCGUUGAUCACGCGGGUCUAAGCCCCGCGGGAUCUGCCAGAGGCAGUUUGGGGCGCGCUCAAAGCUAUGCUGCCGGACGCAAGCGAUCGGAUCUCUCGUGUUGCUAUUGUCAGCGCCUCUUUUCUAAGCCUGAACAUCUGAAGCGGCAUGAGGACACACACAAAGGAAAAAGGCAGCAUAAUUGCAAGCUCUGUCAUAAAACCUUUGGACGUCCAGACUCUCUUAAACGACAUGAGAAGACACAUGUUAGACGACUCAGUCAUAUAUCAUUCGAUGAGAUGUCUUUCAUCGGUGAAAGCUCUGAAACGAUUGAUCUGUCAGCUUCUAUGAAACUGAACGCACAGCCCGUGAACGUUAGCGAGAUCAGCCUAUCUGAUCGUGCCGCCUCAGUAUCACAGCAAGAAUUUCAAGUCGGAGAUGAGGCUAUUCAGAGCGAGGACCUAAUACCUUUCCCAGUUGAAUAUGCUUGGCCUGGAGCCGCGGACAUUCUGGAGAUCUUGAUGAAUGCUGAUGCUGGCUGGCCUAUGGACGUCCAGAUGCCACUGCUCGACAUGAAUGGCACGGGAACUUUUGAUACGUGCCAUAAUCAAUCCGGCACUGGUGAGGGCUCUUUUGCAAGAGCUCGACAAGCCAUGCAGCACAUGAGUAACCUCAUGCAAGAUCUCUCCUUCAAUCUUGCAACGGAAGUCGAGUCUGCUGGAAUUUCCUCUGAAUAUCUGGAUGUUUGCAUGAAUGCCUUCUUCGAGAGAUUUGUCAUAAUAUUCCCAGUCGUUCACCAACCAACUUUUUCCCUCAAGGACUGUGCCAGCCCACUUCUCUUGAACAUGAUCGUCCUCGGCUCACUAUUUUGUGCGACUAAUGAGACAUCAAACAAGGCAGAAGUCUUGUGGCGGCUGGCUCACGCCGCUGUUGCGACAUCAUGGCAAAGUAUGCUUGACCAAGUAAACAGCGUGGACAUGAAGACGGGCGUUCAGCUCGUGAUGACCGCUCUUCUCGGUCAAACCCAUGCUUUUCUUUCGCAAAGCCGGUCGACUCGGAACACCAGCCAUACUUUCCACGGGCUCGGCUUCUAUUGGGCAAGACAAUGCGAAAUGUCUGUUUCGCAAUCAUUUUCCGAUGUGCCGACCAUUAGCAGCUCGUCAGCGCUAAAACGCCGGAAGUGGGAAGCUUGGGCAGCUCAAGAGACCCGACAUAGAGCUCUUCUUGGCCACUAUAUCCUGGACGGACUCAUAUCGCAGUUUUCUGGCCUCCCAACGAGUGACAGACAUGUUACUAACGCCAUGAUUCUUCCCAGUAGUGGUAUUGCUUAUGAGGCUCUAUCAGCUGAUGGUUGGAUUCAAGCCAUGGAACAGAAUCCACAGUCCUCGAUGACAUUUCGCCAGAUCUACCUGGAUCUGUUUGACUCUAAUAUCGGUUUCAACUAUGAACUGUCGUAUUUUUCCGUUCGGGUCGUCCUUGAGGGAUUGCAGUCUUUGAUCUCGGAUCACCGUCAAGCCCAAGGUGACUUCGUUGGCGCAAAAGACCUCCGCGCUAUCGACGGCGCGCUAUGGCGCCUUCUAGACACACAGAUUGAGGGGCCCGUACACUCAUCCCAUGAAAAGCUUGAUCUCCUGAUUCGCUGGCAUGCGAUAUGUAUAGAGCGGUGUGUCAACACGAACAUACUAGCCCGCCACUUGUGCGAGAGCUAUACUAUCGAACAAGACCUGUAUAACAACAAAUCCUGCUCGGACUUCGACACACUGGCCUGGGCUGAAACCAUCGAAGCUCGUCGAGCCAUUCUGCACGCUUCAGCCAUAGCUGAUCUGGUUAUGAAUCUAUCAUUGCGUAGAGUGCCGUCGAUACACAUCCCUUUCGCCGUGGCUACAUCCAGCAGCAUCUUCUUGGCGAUGCUCUCAUGCGGGUAUACAGGCGCAGGCGUACCGAGUGUGAUCCAUUGGAGAUCGGUAUGCUUGUAUGACACGAACACUCGCGUCGAUUUGGCAGCGAGUCGUCCUGUUGACAUAUUCCUUGACCUCUCGCACAACAUUUGGAACCCUGCCACCAGCUCCCGGAAUUUCUUGUACAAUUUGAAUUCACUACAAGCAGUGCUUGGAUCGCUUUCUCUGACAUGGGGUAUCGCGAAGGAAAUGAAUGUUCUAAUACAUCGAUUGAUAUGCUCUAUGAUCUAAGCACAACUGCUAAUGCCUCACGAGUCUCUCAGUUAGACAUCAAAAAGAUAUUGAGCUUCGCCAGGUGUCAAUUCCAACACUCUUGACUUCGUCUUACUCUCUACCAUGCUGGUGGCUGCCCGAGUGUCGAUCCUCCAAGGUUUGAUGGGAGCUUCAUCAUGCAGACACCAGAUGAUCUGCUGGGGUUGGCCAAGAAGCUCACUAAUCAUUGUCGCAGCUUCUGCCGCGCUUCCGUCGUAGGGUCGCCCGUCAAUAUUCGCACGACCAGCAAUCGCCUGGAUAAGAACGUCUUUGAAAGUCAGCGAUAGAUGACCUGGAGUGGGAGAAAGUCAAACCUGGCUUAGGCUCGAGGCGUUCUAGAAUUCCCCGAUAAGCUCCUAGAUGCGCGCUCCAAAGCAAAGUUUUUUCUCCAAUCAAAAACGAAAACAUAAUCUGUCCGCC